UUAGACAUAAAACUAUAAACCCGACUGCCACCUUUUGGGAUCUGCAAACUUCUUGAUCGUCGGGUACAAAUGGAAGGUUUAGCUAUCAGAGCAUCGCGACCGUCCGUUUUCUAUUCUCUUCCAGGUCUCGGUGGAGAUUCUCAGCGACGACGACCUUCAAGUGACGGUUUCCUCAAGCUUCCGGCGGAGAACCGCAAAAUAAUAGCCAACUCUGCUUCUUUUCACCCAAUCUCCGCCGUUAACGUAUCUGCUCAAGCUUCUCUCACCGCGGAUUUUCCCGCCCUUUCAGAAACGAGUCUUGAAGAGAGGAGAAUUAACGGAAAAGAGAAGGCGGAGAACAUCGUAUGGCACGAGAGUUCCAUCUGCAGAUGCGACCGACAACAACUUCUUCAACAAAAGGGUUGUGUCAUCUGGAUCACUGGUCUCAGCGGUUCAGGGAAAAGCACUGUUGCUUGUGCACUAAGUAAAGCAUUGUUUGAAAGAGGCAAACUCACUUACACACUCGACGGCGACAAUGUCCGUCACGGCCUUAACCGGGACCUCACUUUCAAAACAGAGGACCGUACCGAAAACAUUAGAAGAAUCGGUGAGGUGGCUAAGUUGUUUGCUGACGUUGGCGUCAUUUGUAUAGCAAGUUUGAUUUCUCCGUACCGGAGAGACAGAGACGCGUGCCGGUCCUUGUUACCUGAGGGCGAUUUUGUCGAGGUGUUCAUGGACGUUCCUCUUCAUGUAUGCGAGUCCAGAGAUCCAAAGGGGUUAUACAAGCUUGCACGUGCCGGAAAAAUCAAAGGCUUCACUGGAAUCGACGACCCUUACGAGGCACCACUGAAUUGCGAGGUAGUGCUGAAACACACAGGAGACGAGGAUUCGUGUUCGCCACGUCAGAUGGCUGAGAACAUCAUCUCCUACCUACAAAACAAAGGUUACCUUGAGGGCUAAUUUAAGUUUUUUUUCUUUAUUUUUUUUUAACUCGGAAAAGAUUAAAAGGAGAACCCAAUUUGUC